AUGGCGCUGCUCUUAAUCUUGCUUUCUUGUAUUGUUUCCGUGGCCCAGGGAUAUAGGGGUUCGGAUAGUGUCAUCGAGAACCUGAAGCGUGCCCACCCCGAGCGUAGAUACGAGGAGAUUCAAGCUGGCGACUUUUCGACUUAUCUUGUGAUCAAACAGGUACCGAAUGACCCACACAAAAUGCAUAUAUUAAGAGGUAGGCGUGCGCUUAGUUUGUAAAUGUUUCAGUACAUAAAUCUCAAAGCUUUGACGCCAUGUCGACACCUCUGGACAUCUAUCACCCGCCCGUAAGUACCACCCGCGUGCCUGCCGAAAACUAACUUCAGGGAGGACAGGCGUUGAUGUUUUAUCCGAUGAUGAGAGAGAUGAAAUAUUCGGACUACAUUUUUGAGAUUGCCGCGGAAAAGCGUCUAAAGUUAUAUGUAAUUUCGACGUAAGUCAGUUUAGGUGUCAUCUGCAAGAGGAGGGGUUUCCGUAGGGAAACCCCUCCUCUUGCAGAAUUACAACCGCACUUUAGAAAAUGAUUCUUACUUUUGUGGGUGCCAAUAUAAGAUGUGUGAUAUUGAGAAAUGAUGUGCCAAGGGUUUUGUUUUAAAGUUUUCCGUGUUUUGGAAGACAGAUGCAGAAAAACCAAAUUUUCGUACUUUUCUUUGUCUAGCCUAGUCAAAACACAGAAUAGCAAUAACUAAUGUUUAUUCACGUUUCCUGAGGCUUCAAUCAAACGGCCGGGAACCCUCCGGGCAAGCUUUUCAAACGUAACCUGGCCUGUCUUGUCCCUGAAUUGGAAAACGGCAGAUUUCCGCUCAGGUAGACCGUUGGGCCCAAGUUGUGAGGAACUUUCUGGUCGACUCGGAAGUUUGGUUUUUUCAACUUUUUCCAAAUUGUGCAAAUUUCUUGAAAUACAUUUUCGGCACAUCAUUUCGACUACAUACACUGAUGCGUUUACCGCCAAAUAUAACACAUUUCUAUUGAAAACCAUGAAAGUUACAAUGACUCACACAGCUUGGGUAUAACAAGGUUACAAAUUUGUUAUUCGUCUAUGUAUAUAUAUAUAUAAUUUUUGCACUGUGCACACUUUCAAAUAUCUUUACAUUUUGGCUAUAUAUUUCCCUAGUUGAACCUUUGCCUUUGCAGUGGACAAAUCUGUACAUGGGCUUAUAUCCCAGGUUGGAAAAAUGACCGUAACAGAGCGCACUCCUUCAUAAUGGGCGACUACGUGAGCCUGGGCUUUGAUACGUUCGUCCGGAUCUCGGAUCUUAUUAACCAUUGUGAUGCAAGUGUUCCGCCUUUGCCCGUUGUUAAUUUCGCCCGAAUACCGGAAGAAGGCCGCGUCCGCCUACCCGGCGUAUCCGACAUACAAAAUCAGUGCUGGGUAAGUUACCUCGUGCUCAGAAAAUUUUGUAGAAAAACUCAAACACGUCACUCUAUUGCACGAACCAGGUCGACAGCGGAGAAAUCGGUAAAUUGACCUUAGUGCCAAGGGAAAGACCUGUGUAUAAAAUGGGUGAUCUGACUGUAUACGCAUUUUGUUGCGAAGCCUACGACUGUUAUGAUGCAGGAGAUCACCGCUGUGUAUACGUCGUUUACGAUUCCUUGACCGGGUAAUUGUGCGAUCUUAAGCUCUGACUUUGUUUAGAAUUGACUUUGUUAUCAGAGACGGGAUUGAAUGGACCACAGACACCACACGAAAUCCAGUAUUUCUUAUGCCACUUAUUGUCGGGAACGAUCCUUUCAUAGAACGGAGAAAGUCGUUUACAACAACAACAACGACAACUACCACUACUACUACCACGACUACGACCACAACAACGACAACUACCACUACUACUACCACUGCUACCACUAUUACUACCACCACCACCAGACCAACUACUCUUACCACUAAACCAACAACUCCGCUUACCACAAAAGGAACAGACAAAACGGCUUCUCCUACGGUUACCAACGCAACUGCCGACAAUGAAACGAAGAGCCCAUGUUGCCCCUGUCCGUCAUGCCAAAACUUUGCAUUAAUUUUUGGCGGUUUCUUUGGCUAA